CAAUUUUCCAGCUGCCUUUUGAAGCCAUGCAGCCUCCAGAUCGAUUUCACUGCCAAGCAGGACAGCGUCGCACAGCUGGGAUCAAGGCAUGUGUCCUAGCAGUGGCCGCAUGUCUCUUUGCACACUGUGAUCUGAGCUUUGUGGCUUCCGCCCCAAUGGUUCAAAGAGUCGGGCUUCGAACACAGCAGCCGUCUCUUGUGCGAAGGGCGGCGCCCGAUGACAAGGAAUUGGAUGAUGACGAUGAAGGAUUUUGGUCUGAUGAUGAGGGGCAUGAGGAGGCUUCGCCUGAAUUUUCCACCGAAGCCGAGGGAGGGAGGCUGAUGCCGAGCCAGACGAAGGCAGAUGUAGCCCGCCAACGGCUUUGGAACAUGCCGAAAGAAGUGCAGCCGUUCAUGAAUGUGGGAACCGUCACUUUCAAAAACAAAGAAAACAGGGAUCGCACACGGGACCUCGUCGUCCUGAAGGCGAAGAAUUCCAAGGCCAUGAUAGAAAGAUCCCAAAAAAUCAUCAAGAGUGCGACGCUUUCAAAGAUUCGAAUGAAGAGGAUGAUGAGAUUUGGCAGGGAGGAUUUUGGAAGAGACAGUCCAUGGCAAUGGAACCGUCCAGGUCGUCGAGCUUUUCGCAUGCGGAGUGGUAUGAGGGACUUGCGCUAUGUGGAUGAGAAAGAGCGUUACCAACGCAAAAAGAGGGAGCUGAGGUGGCCUGACCAAACGCGAAAACGCAAGCGCGAAAGACCAAAGAAGGAAUUGAGAUGGAUCGGAAGUUCGCACAGGUAUGGCAGAGGAACUCAAACGGCUGGCAAAAGGUGAGACAUGUGUCAGGCUCAGGAUGAAUCGUUCGUCCAAUCUUCCUGACCGCGCUCCUGGCAAUUCGUAGAUAAAAUCUGGAAGAAUUGAAUGACCGGAGAGCCUGGAAUACUGCUGCAAUUUUCACACACACACAUUGGAUCAACUCUUUC